GCAGCCGCGAGAGGCCCUCACACCAUCCAUCACCUUAGCUAGCAUAGCAUCCCGUCUCUGCAGCUGUAAGGGUCUCGAGCUUGCUAACGCGGCCGGUCAUGGCGAUCAGGGGGGUACCUUCGCAGCGGGAGAUGACGGUGGCGGAGUUCAAGGAGUGGCUGAAGCAGUUCGACGCGGACGGCGACGGCCGGAUCAGCAGGGACGAGCUCCGCGAGGCCAUCCGCCGCCGCGGCGGCUGGUUCACCACCCUCAGGGCCGGCCGCGCCGUCCGCCGCGCCGACAGGGACAACAGCGGCUUCAUCGACGACGCCGAGGUGGAGAACCUCGUCGCCUUCGCGCAGAAGGAUCUCGGCAUGAGGAUCUCUGCCUGGUAGCCGCCUGCCUAGGCUGGCUCCAUGGUUUUUUUUAUCUCGGCCUACUGAAUGAAAACUACUCCAUUUGUUUUAAAAUAUAGUGUUUUCUCUAUUCUUGUGCUUCAACUUCAACCAUAAAUUUAAUCUCAUUGGUUAAAUUUAUAGUCAAAGUUGGACCUUAGAAAUUGCGGAUGCACUAUAUUUUAAAAUGAAGGAAGUACCAGCAACCACCAUAGUACAGUACCUGUCUAGCGUCGUAUGAUAUGGUUGAGCUUGACAUGCCAACUUCUCCUGAAUAAUAUGUGUAAAAUCGGGAGACUUAAUUAAGGUUCGCCACUAUGCAGUUACUUCA